AGUAUGGGCCUAUCCCAUCUGUUACUAGGUCUUGUGGUUGUACUGGGUCUACUAGGGAUGGUCCAUGGCUGCCCUGGGGUCUGCAGCUGUUACAGUAACACCACUGAUUGCUCGGGUCUUGGCCUGUUGUCUCUGUCACCCAUCCUACCCCUGCUGCCACAGGACACCUUGACUCUCCGCUUACCCCAAAACAACCUGUCCUCCCUGCAAACGGGGGAGCUGUCCAGCCUGAGUGGCCUGGAACUCCUGGAUCUUUCCCAAAACCUCCUUUCCAGCCUGCAGCCUGGAGCCUUCUCAGGCCUCAGUGGCUUGCACUGGCUAAACCUCUCUGCUAACUACUUGGGCAUGCGCCUGGUGUCUCAAACUAGCAACAGUACGGAGAUGGUUGAGGGCUCCAAUGGAAGUCAAGGGAGCACUGGGCCUCAGCAAGGCCUGGGUAAGGAUCUCUUCCAGGGGUUGUGGCGUCUGAGAGGCUUGGAUCUGUCCUCAAAUGGCCUGCUGUGGCUACCCAAGGGCCUGCUGGAUGGGCUCCAGGGGCUGGUCUGGCUGUCUUUGGCUGAAAACAGACUGAAGGCUCUGGACAGAGUCACCUUCGAGCCCCUUGUGGGACUGCAGCAUCUCCAUCUCGCUGGGAACCCAUGGGAAUGUGACUGCAAACUGAGGGAUUUCAAGCACUGGAUGGAAUGGAUGAUUUAUCGAGAUGGGCAUGUUGAUGCGGUGCAGUGCAGCCUCCCAAGGGAUCUGCGGGGCAGGGAUGUCCGCAGUGUGCCAGCAGAGAUGUUCAGCUACUGCCUGCAAAGCCAGGCCAAAGACCCCCCCUCUGCUCAUGGUACGCGACCCCCCUGCCCGCCGGGCCGCAUCAGCAGCGUGGACGACUGCAUGCGCCAGCGGUACCGGCCUAUGAGCGUGCGGCGGGCGCAUGGCACACAGAUCGUGGCGGGUGUGGUGUGCGGGACAGUUUGCGUGAUGAUGGUGGUGGCGGCAACCUAUGGCUGCGUGUACGCCUCACUGAUGGCCCGCUACCAGCGAGAGAUGAAGAGCCGCGGACAGCCACUCAUGGCGGAGACCGGUGCCGAAACUGACCCAGAGGACGGACCGGUCUCCUUGCUGACCCCACAGGAGGAAUUACCUCCCAAAGAGACCGUGGGGAUUGUCCACGGAUACAGAAUCAGUAGCUUCUGA